ACGACCUAGAAAUGUCACACGUACAUUCUAGAAUAACUAUCAAACAGCGCAUCCAAUCAAUAGGUACUUUAAUAUAUUCUAAAUAUAAUUAAAUAUAAUAUAAUUGAAAUGUCCGACAUCUCAUCGGAUUCUGAAGCCGAAUAUCACGCUUACUCUGAACGGACACUAGCAGUGAUCAAACCAGAAGCAUUUGAAGACGCUGAUGAUAUUGAGAAUCAUAUACGCAAUAAUGGAUUCAGUAUACUAGCGAAACGCCAAGUUCAGCUAACACCGGAGCAGGCUGCAGAACUAUACAGAGGCCACUACGGCCGUCCUCACUUUCCGCACUUGGUGGCUCACAUGUCAAGUGGACCGAUCAUCGCGUUGGUGCUUGCAACGAAAAAUUGCAUACAGAAAUGGCGCAACCUUAUGGGACCCGCAAGAGUGAUCGAGGCACAGGCGUAUUGGCCAGACAGCCUACGCGCUUGUUACGGACGUCGCACCAAGUAUGGGGACUAUUUUAAUGGGUUGCACGGAAGUGAAAACUAUGCAGAGGCGCUCAGGGAGAUACACUUCUUUUUUCCUACAAUGGUGGUGGGACCGAUACUUCGUAAUUGGCAAAUUAGCGACUACAUACAAAAAAAUCUAACAGCGACGCUGUUACCGGCGUUGACCGCGCUUGCUCACGAGCGUCCCGCCGAGCCGAUACUUUGGUUAGCUGAUUAUUUACAAAGACACAACCCUAACGAGCCAGAGUUGGUGCUAAAGCCUCCAGAGCAAAGAGAAGACAGAUGUUGUCACACCCCUGCGCCAUCAGAAGAAUCCGCAGCAACAAAAUAAAUUUAUUUAUUUAUAAAUAUUUAUUAGAAUAGGAAAUCUGUCAUCUGGUGUAAUUCUGUCACACUCCUGAUGCAUUUGCUAAGCAGAUGGGAAGUAACAGGGUACAAAGUACCAUAGGGAGACUUUGUACACAAAUCGAUUUAUAUGGAUACCUCUAUCCCAUUCGUGUUUCAACCGGGAAGCAAUUGUGUCUGCAUGGCUGUGUUUCGGUUUGAAGGGUGGGCAGUGAUUUUACAGGGUACAGAGGCAUAACACCUUAGUUCUCAGGAAUGGCAACGCAUGGGAGGUGUCAUGGGCGAAACAAUAUACUCUGUUAUGUCUAUGGUACUGCUCAUGUCUAUAGGUGACGGUUACCACUUUCCAAUUGGUAGGCCGUCAGCUUGUUUGCCAUUCUAAAUUGCAUAAAAAAAAACACAGGCAUAACACUUCAAUCUUAACAGUGAAAAUGCAUGCUGAGUUCUAGAUAUUAUAGAUGUAGCAGUAUGUUUACUGUGAUGUAAAUAGGCAACGGUUAGCAUUUUCCGUCAUGUGGGUCGUCAGCUUGUUUGGCUAUGUGGCAUAAAAAUAUUUUAGUCAUAAUUAUCGCUGGAGAUAUCUGAAAGUACAAUAAAAAUUAA